GCCACCGCAGGAUUGCGCGAAAAGUCCCAGCGGCUGAUGGAAGAGAACUAAAAUUGACCCUCGUCGCUUGCCGUACCAGAAGUAGUCACGUUUUUUAAAGAUGGUGGCACCCAUAUCAGUCAGUGAGCGGCGGCUCCGGCAUGUUUUGCUUGUGCUCUUCUUCUUUUUGCACGUUUUUUUCUCCGCAGCGAGGGGCGAGGAAGGCGGCAGCACGGCCGAAUUCGACGUGAGGCCGGGGGGGAUGGUGCACUCUUUCUCCAAAAGCCUGGGAGAUUAUGCAUGUACUUUUACCUACGCAGCUCAGGGUGGGACAAAUGAGCAGUGGCAAAUGAGCGUUGGAGUCAGUGAAGACAAUUUGCUGUUCUCCUGUUCAGUCUGGAGUGCCAGUAGCUCAGAGACUGUUCGCAUGCUACGCAAGAGCCCUGACUUCUCUUGCAGCCGAGAGGCGGCUACGCCAGAGUCAGCCUCUCAGGUCUCUGUCGCCGCAGUAUCGCACAAGGAAGGCAAAUUCCGCUCGGAACUUUCCAAGCUAGUGAUAGUUGCAAAAACGGCCCACGAUGAACUGUGACCCUUUAGCCGGAAGAGUCUCACCUGGAACCGUAUGGCGGAAGAAGAGGGUGCAUCCACCUGUAUUUUGCCUGAUGAGGAUUGUCGGGUCAGGGUUAAGACUUCUCUUUUGUAUGCUGCGAUUUGCAGGCAUUCCUGGGUGUUCCAAAUCACUCAGUUUUGGGGUGGGCCAUCUGUUACCUUCUGCUUUUGUGAUCCGACAACUACAGAAAGUUCCGUUCAAAGUGAGGGACGUGAGUGUGGGUUAUCUUCUGCAGUUACCUUUGUCAGUCUGGAGCUGCAACGGUGGAACAUCACAGAAUUCACCCUUCUGGUUCCUCCAGAGCAUUUUCAAACCAGAGGGAUUUUUUCUCUUUUUUUAUCUUCCUGCCUCCUCUCUGCCCACAUAAUUUGGUUCAAUAAUGAUGAAGGACUCCAAUUUUCUUUAUUUUCCUUGGAAUAAAUCAUAUAUCUCUUAAAUUA